CGACGAGAAAAUAUCAACAACAUGCCGGAGUCGCAAAGAGAAACAGAAACUGGGGAGGUAGAGAGAGACAGACAACAAAGAGACAAGGGAAACAAGUCGUCUCAUAAUAUCGUCUCUGUAAUUUCCCAGUUCGCAGAUGAUAAUUUGUCACUCGUGCGGAACAUUAGCACUGGACUGGCUGUUGCUGGUGUGAUUAUAAUUGCAAGAAGCAUAAAACUGAUAACAAAAUUUCAAGCUGCACAUGAGAUUCCUGCGCAUUUUAUUGAGAGGAAUGUCAGCCUUCGUGGGAAGGUUCUCUCCAUCACUGAGAAAGGAAUAGAAGUGGAGCACGUGCCAAUUUAUCUGCCCAUUCUUUCUCCAUUACUGUCCAAAAAACAAGAUGUGUCCACAUCUCCAUUACUGGUACAUCUUGCAGGUGUAGAGCUGACUCCAGAGGGAAAGAAAUGGCUGCAGACGAACUUGGCACCUGCAGAGCCUGUGUGGCUAAAACUUAUCAGUCGAAAGGAUGCUACACUGCACUGUUUAGUGUCCCAGAGCAAGCAGGGGUCAAUGUGGAGCUGCUGUGUGAACGAAGAGGUCCUCAGGCUUGGCCUGGCUCGCUCUGCACCCAUCACAGGAGUCCUGCCUGACUCUCGGCUCUACUGGCGCCUACACAAACGGCUACACAGAGCGGAGGUGAAAGCUGAGAGAAAGGGCCAGGGUCUGUGGAAGGAGGAGAGUCUGUGGGAGAGAACUUCUAAGGCUGUCAGGGACAAUGCUUUGUUCAGACUGAUGAGGAGGAUCUUUAAAAGAACUUGAUGCCCUAAAUGAGUGAUUAGUCCAAGUUAUACAGAUUGUUAGUGGUGAGUACUAAAAAUCACAAAAUAGCUGCUUCUCUCAGGAAUUAAGAAGCAAAGAAGCGAGAUAUCUUUUCUUUUUGUACUAAAUCACCAUUACAACAGUUGCUAAGGCUUAUCGUGUACUUGUACUUCUGACACUUUAUAAGUUUGAAUAGAUUAAAAAUGAUGUUUAAAGCAACGCCUUGAAUCCUGAUACUAAUUCUCAAGCUUUCAUUACCCAUUAAACCAGCUAAGCACA